UGUCCUUUCCAAACUGAAACUGACACUAAAACUAUUGACCACUGUACAGUGAACGCGGUUGUUGUCGAAACCAUGCUUCUGCGCUACUACUUAGAUUCCAAUGGGGACAGAGUGUAUACUCUGAAAAAACAAUUUAAGUUUUUUUGUUGUCUAAGUUCCAUAAGAUUAAUCGGUAGUCGCAGCUAAUAAUGGUAAUUAUUCCGUGGUUAAACAUUUAAAACAAAUGAAACUUCAUUGUUAAAGAUUGUUUAUCGUAUCACUUGAAAUGCCUAGGGUAUGUAGACACUUAUUUCUUUAAAAAUUAACCAACAGUGUGCUUAUUCUUCAUAAUGUAGUCAAUAAAUUUCAUUUCUUCCUGAACAGUUGUUUUUAUCUAAUCAGCGUCGAUCACCAUAACUUCAUCUUAUCUCUGCUUUUUCAUGGCACAUUUCCUCACUGUUAUGAUGCUUACCUGGAAUAUUUCCUACGUGGUUUAUUACUGACCUCACCAAAGCUAAUAGUGCCGUUUGGUUACUAAGAUGACUAAUUGUCAUGCAGGGAUGCUUUCUUUUUUCAAUUCUAUUCAUACGAUCGUAGCUGAAAGCAGUUAUCCUUCAUAUGCUGUUCAAUUUAGCGAACGUAUCAUCACAAAGUCUCAGUCGUUCGAUCCCGAAAACAAACCAACAUUCAGUGCACACCCUGCACGUUUCACUCCAGAAGAUCGUUAUUCAAGGCACCGAAUUACAUUGAAAUCAAGGUUUGGUAUCUUACCAAGCCAGGGUACUCCAAUUGUGUACUAAGAAAAUGACAAUAAAAUAUUUACUUAUUUAUAUGGGUUUUAU